AUGCUUCUGUCCUCGUCCCGCUGUCUCGUCCUCCUACUUGUGUGGACCUCAGCGGACGCUGGACGGAUUCUGGGGAGGAUCAAGGAGCGCGUGCGUAACCUCUCUCUGCAGGCGGCCGGGGGGCCUCUCCGGCGCGUGAAGGAGGGCCGGAUCCACCAGCCGCUGGACCACUUCGACCGCCUGGACCUCGGCACCUUCCCUCAGAGGUUCUUUGUGAACGAGGCGUACUGGCGGCGUCCGGAUGGUCCGGUGUUCCUCUACAUCGGAGGAGAAGGGCCCAUUUCUGAGUCUAGUGUUCUGGCAGGUCACCAUGUGGACAUGGCCGAGGAGCACGGCGCCCUGCUGUUGGCUCUGGAGCACCGUUUCUACGGCGACAGCAUCAACCCCGACGGCCUGAAAACGGAGAACCUGUCGGGCCUGAGCAGCCAGCAGGCACUCGCUGACUCGGCGGCAUUUCACCAGCACAUCAGCCAGAGCUUCGGCCUUAGCCGGAGGAACACCUGGAUCGUCUUCGGGGGCUCGUACGCCGGCGCCCUGUCCGCCUGGUUCAGAGGAAAGUUUCCUCACCUGGUGUACGGAGCCGUGGCCUCCUCCGCUCCUGUCAGGGCCAAGUUGGACUUCUCUGCCUACAGCAGCGUCGUCGGCUCGAGUCUCGCCAACGAAGCCGUUGGUGGAUCAGAAAAGUGCCUGGUUGCCGUGCGAGAGGCCUUCGCCGCCGCGGGGUCGCUGAUGGGCGGGAACGCCAGCCGCGUGGCCGCCGACUUUGGUUGCUGUCAGGUGCCGAAGAACCUCGACGACCAGAUUGAGCUGAUGCAAAACCUGGCGGACAUCGUCAUGGGGACCGUGCAAUACAACGAAGAAGGCGUGCUCAUGUCGAUCAAUGAGCUGUGCGGCGUGAUGACCAACACCAGCGGGGCCACACUGGAGGAGACGAGGCCUUACGACCGCCUUGUUAAACUUGCACAGAUCUACCGUUCCUCCAGUGAGGAAGCCUGCCUGGACAUCUCCCAUGAGAAAACCGUGGCGGCCCUGAUGGACACGGCCGUCCACUCAGGCAGGAGAGCAGAGAGACAGUGGACCUACCAGACCUGCACGGAGUUCGGCUUCUACCAGACGUGUGAGGAUGCCUCUUGUCCGUUCUCCCGGUCGGUGACCCUGAGCUCUCAGACUGAACUCUGCCUGCUGCUGUUUGGCAUCUCCCAGCAUUCCCUGCCUGAGCGCGUGGCCUUCACCAACGCUUACUACGGAGGAGACCACCCCCACACACACCGGGUCCUCUAUGUCAACGGUGGAGUUGACCCCUGGAGGGCGCUGUCGGUGGUCGAGGAAGGAGAAGAGGCCCGGACCGUCCUCAUCGAGGACGCGGCUCACUGCGCCGACAUGGCGGGUCGGAGGGCCGCGGACCGCCGCUCGCUCAGGGAGGCCAGGCAGGAGAUCGAGGAGCACGUGGUCGGCUGGCUGAAGAUGGCCGCCCUGGAGAUAACGGUCUGAUCGCAUUAUAACCUGAUCAGCUCUUAUCACCGAUCCCUUAAGCAGAUUCGUGAGCCUGUGUGCAUGGCAACUGUGCUUCAUCAUCAUCAUCAUCAUCAUCCUGUAUUUCCUCUCCGCCCCUCCGGUUCUUUUUUAUCUCCGCACAGAUCUGUGUGUUUGUGCGGUUUGGUCUUUUUUUUUUUAUGUGUCUUUAAUUUCUUUGAGGUUUUUAUAAAAAUGUGGAAAAGUUCCAUUCCAUCUAUCUAUCUUAUACUUAUAAGCUUUAAAUGCCAGGUGUGUAAAGGCCUCUAAUAACCUGAUUGUGUUUUCUUUUGAGCAGUUGUCCUUACCCUGUGUGAUCACUAGGGUGCGAUAUCGCUGCAUUUCUUGAUCCUCAUUCAAAAGCUUGUUCUCUAUUGCUCGUAUAAUAAAAGGUUGUAAUG